AUGUUGUGUGUAAACAGGGGAAAAACAGCAAAAGCAGACAAUUCUCAAAAUGCGGACAGCGGACAAAUUGCGGAAAAAACUCCAAAAUGUGGAAUUUGUUCGCAAAAUGCGGACCAUCUGGGAAGUGAUUAUUCGCAUUUUAGUCAAAAUGUUCGACAAGAUACAUCAACAUUUUUGAGAGGAAUUCAGUUGAGUAAUCGUCAAGGUGAAGCUAUAUUUGACACUAUU